AAGUGCGCUUCCCUAAUCUCUGUACAAUGAAAACUGCAGUAUUACUUUGGUGUCUUCAAGUUAUUGCUGUGACGUUUGAAUAUGAAUUGAAAUGUCCAGCGCCAGGACAUUGGCGUCUCCGAGCAAGGAAGUUUUAUUGUGGUCAAAGUUAUGUGUGUUUAUUGCGUUCACCGAGAAUUCGUAUCGUGAGACCUGUGAUGGACUGGAUUAUAGCAGCACAGGUAGCAAACUUAUAUUCGAACCAUAUUUUAAUAAAGCUGGAUGCAGAUACUCUCGGUAUCAGCCUUUCCCAUUUUCAACUGAUGGUAACAAUAAGUGUGUGUAUCAAAUGUCAUUUUGUAAUGAAGAGGGUCAAAUCAUUCACCGUGAAGGAAGUAUGAUAAAUGAUACA